AGUUAUGUUCGAAUGUAUUUUGAAUGCAAAGGUUCCUUGACGAUUCACUAGAUGUAGAUCCAAGCAACACUCAGGACUGGAACUUUUUGUAUGAGAGCCAUAAGAGCAUCGUCAUGUCAUCGGACGGGUGGCCUCAAACAGAUUCAGAAGAUAAAAAUUUGGAUGGAAAUGAGAAUAAGAAACAGGCAAAAGAGCAACAGCAGCCUACUUCAUCCAAAGGGGCAGCUGGCGGGGGAGGGGGAGGGGGAGAGGGAGGAGGGAAGGAUUCUCAUCUGGCUCAGAGUCAGGACCAGUCUGGUAACUCGACCACUCCGGAGAUAGAGGACGAAGUGGCCCAGAUCUAUGGCUCCACCUGGCUCAGGAGGAAGGACUCCGCAGACAUGUAUGGACAAACCAACAGCUUCGUCAAAAAGAGUUCAUCGGUGCCGAAGUGUGAGCGACAUGUGUUGGUGGAGUGUGCAUUCUGGUGUCAGGAGUGCAGUGUGGCCAUCUGUCUCAAGUGUGUCCAAAAUGCACACAGGGGCCAUAGUUUCCUCCUCCUAGACUCCAUCAUAGAUUACAAGGUGAAAGAAGCCAUCUACAGACUUGAUUUCCUGAAGAAAAACAUGUCCUAUGUCGAAAGCAACAUAGUCGCAUGUCAGAAUGAAAUCGACUUCCACAACAACCAAGUCAAGUUGUUCAUACGUAGACAACGUGAGUGCAAUGAAAUUCGUGAACUACCUAAUGUGUUCACAGAACAUAUGUCUGAAUUGAAAAACAUGGCCAAUGGUUUAACUCAUGAAGUUGAUGAGAAAAUUCUGUCGAAGGUUUUGAAAGUGUUACAGAAAACAGACGACGAUUUCUUUUGGGUUAAAUCUACGCUGAAAUCUCCGACGGUGAAAACAUUACCUUAUUCCAUGCAGACACAAAGGUUCAAGUUCACUGUCAACCCCUGUACGUUGUCAGCAUUUCGCUUGUUCAAAAAGAAGGAAAAUAAUUUGUUGGCUACAAAGAUAUCUUGCCAUCCUAUAGAAAAACCGGAUAAACCUGAUUCGAAAAAAUCAAAAUGGGAGGUGAAGGCUGACUUCAAGUUCUCAUUGUUGAGUGUGAUGAACAGUCACCACAAUCUGACUAAAACAGUAGUGGGUCACACAUUCAACUCAAACUCCACCAGCUACAAGAUCAAGUUCGCCACUCUCCUCCCAUGGAGUGAAUACGAAGACUCGACGGGAAAGAGGAAUGUCAUGCUGGAGCUGCUUGUGCAUUAUGAGAAGAUAUAAAUUAAAUUGAUAUUGUGAUAGAAGAUGCUGUUUGAAAAUUGAGGUCUCUUUAAAAGCCCCAUCGCAGCUUCUGCCCAAUCUCACAUCGAGAA